UAUUAAACAGUGCUGCGCUUUCACUCUGGGAGGUGUGACGUCACGCGAGCGGCCCGUGUUCGUUCCAGCUGAGCGAAAAGCUCGGAGGGCUCAGCUCAAAGUGUGCGGUAACACACAUGCAGAGAGAACUGAACAGAAGGGGUGACCACAAGGGGAAAAAGCGAUUGAGCGACUGAAUGGAAAAAAACGUCAACAUCCCACAAAUCGCACUACGCAGCAGUCUCAGCAAGGAUUUCUUCGUUUUGUUUUCAUUUGUUAUUCUGGAGACGACGCAAGUUUCGCGCAUUCAAGAGUUGAGCGCGCAUUCACGUUAUCGUUUGCACUAUUGGAUUCCUUAUUCUCCGAGAUUUUUCCAUUCCGCGCUGUUUUCUUCUGAAACCGUUGUAUCCUGUUAAUUUGUUGCGGUUUUUUUCUACGUUGGUCUUGGGCAUAACAUCGCUAUUUUUGACAUUCGCCUGUAUUUAUAAAAGUUCCAGCAGAAGAUAAGCUGUCAACAUUUUCUGGAAUUACUGGGAAUGUAUAUUUUUAUCCACUUGGCCAAUCUACAAUCAAAUGCGAGCAGAAUGGCUCUCUUUGUUUAAAACCAUCAAAUAAAGUAUUGAAUCACCCAAACAUCUAGCGGUCAAGGGAGCUCAAUCCGGCUGACGUUGGAUGAUGGCCAGGCCGCUUUCACAGCUCCUUCCCCCGGACCUUCCCUCUGCCGGAGCCAGUCCACAGUUUGGCAACAGUAUCCAGGCAGGAGGCUCACUUAACGGAGGACACUUAAACUCCACUGCAAACUUAAAGUCUCUCCUGCAGCUCCCAGUGAAGGGCGACCAGCGCGUCAAAGACUGUAGUGAAAUGAAGGGUAAGGACAGGUUGGACAUCGAUGAAGACUCUCUCGGUCGUUGUCCUCUGCGCAACGGCUGCAGCAAUGGACUAGUCGCUGACAGCAACGGCGCAGGCACGGGCAGCUUUUCUAACAGCAACAACAGUUCCUUCCUGGGCCCGUUGCUAUGGGAACGAACAUUGCCAUGUGAUGGUGGGCUGUUCCAGUUGCAGUACAUGGACCUCGAGGAGUUUCUGACAGAGAACGGGAUGAGCAGCAUGCACAGUACCUCCAACUCCACCUCGGCUCAGAUACCCUCGCAAAGCUCUCAGUCCGCCGUACCCAACCAGGGCUCCCAGUGCCUCCCCACAUCGCCCCCACACUGCUCCUCAUCCUCCUCACCGACAUCCACCACCGCCUCGUCCUCGCCAUCUCUGCUCGGGCUGGACAUGCACACGCCGCAAAGCAUGCUGGGAGCCACAGACUGCUUGCAUGGCACUCCGCCAGGCAGCUUGGAGCCAACGCCCUCACCUUCUUCCACCACAUGUCCACCACUCCCUACUCCACCCAUCGCUAACUGCAACAACAUGUUGGCGCCCUUUGACCCUGAUCCUAAGGAUGUUGCCCUGUCGAGUGUGCCUGGACAGGAUGCGUUUGACCCCCGCAGGCAUCGGUUCAGUGACGAUGAGCUCAAACCUCAGCCCAUGAUUAAAAAGGCUCGCAAGAUGCUUGUCCCUAAUGACCUGAAGGAUGAGAAGUAUUGGAGUCGUCGCUGUAAGAACAACGAAGCCGCAAAGCGUUCUCGUGAUGCGCGUCGACUGAAGGAGAACCAGAUCUCGGUGCGUGCUGUCUUCCUUGAGCGCGAGAACGCUGCACUCAGACAGGAAGUAGCCGACAUGCGCAAAGAGCUCGGCCGGUGCCGUAACAUCCUGAACAAAUACGAGAGCCAUCACGUGGAUCAAUAAGGAGAUGAAGAAAGUGUUAUGAGAUGAUGGAUGGAAUGGAGAAUGCGAUGAAUGUCCUCAUGAUAGCUGAAAGACAGACGAAAGUGCAUCAAAUAUAUGGGAUGAUGUAUGAAGACGGCACAAGAGCUCAAGUUUUUAACUGGAGUGAGAGAGCAUGUCACCUCUCUUAUUAUUAUUAUUAUUAUUUUUUUCUUCGGUAGGUACUAUGGCAAGAUUUUAAUUAUGGAGAGAAUUGUAUAUUUUUAUAUGAUAGAAAUAUGCUUAAUGGGGAAAGGAAAUUUUUGAAAAUAAUUUUUGUAUAUUUUCUAUAUCUUUUGGAGGGCUGUAAAGUAGUGGCAGAGGGAACUGGUUGAGGUAUCACUGUAAUAUAAAAUCAGGUUCAUAUGGUAUUUUUGAAGCAAACUUUUGAUCUUGUGAAGGAAAAAAAUGAGGGGCAGAAUUAAGCCUAGAAAAGAACCUUAGAAAAAAAAUAACUUUCUAGAGAAAUUAAACUGUAAAAUACUAAGAAAAAUAUGCAUUUAAAUUUGUAUAGAAAUGUUAAUACAGAUUUAUUAAAGCACUUAAGUUGUGAUAAACCUGUGGUGACCAAGAACAACCACUGAUGAGGGGAAUGACGGGUGCAUCUCAACUCUUUGGGGAUGAACCUUGUUUAUCAGUCUACUGCUGAUAUUUAUUUGUCAUUCUGAACAUGUAAUGAUGGUAAGAAGAUGGUAAAGAAAGACAUGCAUUAAUUAUCACAUUUUAUCUGCAUUUUUUUGUUUAUUUCAUUUAAUGGUGAACUCAGUAGGAUUAUUUUCUUCUUAAAGUUAGUAUCUCUUGUCUACAAUGUACUUUUUAUAGGAAUCUGACUCACAGUUGCAAACAAAAAAGCAACUUUUUAGCAGCAGCAUACAUCCACAGUGUGCAGAUCUUAAGUGAACUUGCAGAGGCUGUUCUUGCUGUGCAAAAACACAAUUUGGACCUCUAUGGAUUGAAUAAAUGGGACAUGACUCUCAUCUGAUUGUACAGAAAGAUUCCUUGCAUUGGAAAUUGCAUUUCAAAACAGGUUGACAUGUAGACACGUCUGUGCUUUUGAACCUGUGUAUGCACUUACUUUUAUUGGAACAAUAUUGAAUUUUUACAACCCAAUCAGCGGUGUCAGUACAAAUGUUUCUAAAUCUAUUAGUUUCGUGGUUCCUUGUUAUUUCUCCAGUCAUGUCUGUUUCUUUACUUAAUGACCAUUAAAGUAACUUCACUUAUUAUUAAUUAUUAUUGAUCUGAUCAUUAUUACUAUUGUUGUUAAUACUACAAAUGAAUUAUUUUUGUUGUUUUGUUUCCUUGAUAUUGUCUAUUUUAAUGCAAGUCUCCUCUAGGCUGUAGAGAUUUUGACACUUCCUGUUUUUUAAAGCAUUCAUCGUCAACACCAGCUGUAGAAGAAGUGUUGCUGUGACAGCCAGGUCAAUUUAUGUGUCAGAGGAAUGCUGGGGGAAAAAACUGGUGCCCUGGGUGAUCACAAACUGCUUCCCCGAAAUAAAUGGAUUUUUUUUCUCUCUUUUUUUCUGUACACUAGCAUUAUAAAGAACCAUCUUACCAUUUGUGCUGUUUUUUUCUCUUUUUUGCAUGUAGGUGUUUAAAGCUAACUGCCUUUUUUUGCCCAGUAAUUUGCCGCCUCCUUAACCAUAUACUUUUGCAGAUGGAUUUUGGGUAAUGUAGUCCUUACGUUUCUGCACGUCCACAUGUGGAUGACUAUGAACAUUUUGUGUUGUGACUUGUUUUUUUGAUGUACAAAUGCCCUAAUGCAUCAGUGUUACCCACACUGCACCUAGCCAAAGUAAUGCAGGGGAAUGUAGUCUUUUUCUCCAAGACCACAAAUAAACUAUCGUUCUUACUAAACACUAA